UAUCAGGCGGCGUUCAGUGUACCAAGCCUGAACUCUGUUCUCUUUCUCUCUACUGGCGCCGGCAAAAUGGGCGCUCAUGUGUCGCGAACGGAUUUCGAAUGGUCGUACACAGACGAACCCCAUGCCAGCCGCAGAAAAGAAAUCAUUGGGAAGUAUCCGCAGAUCAAGAAACUGAUGGGUUAUGAUCCCAACUUUAAAUACCAAGUGGCAGCCCUUGUUGUGCUACAGUUUGCUCUGGCGUAUGUUGCCAAGGACUUCUCCUGGCCGUUACUCCUCCUUACGGCAUAUGCAAUUGGUGGUAUAAUCAACCAUGCCCUAUUGCUUGCCAUUCAUGAGAUAUCUCACAACCUUGCAUUUGGCCACUCCAGACCCAUGUAUAACCGGCUGUUUGGAUUCUUUGCCAACUUACCUAUCGGCAUACCCUGCUCUAUUUCCUUCAAGAAAUACCACCUGGAGCACCAUCGCUACCAGGGGGAUGAAGAACUGGAUGUUGACUUGCCCACUAUGUUUGAAGCCCGCAUGUUCUUUAACACAGCCACCAAGCUGGUGUGGGUGAUCCUCCAGCCAUUCUUCUACUCACUCCGCCCCAUGUUUGUGAACCCCAAGAACCCUCUUGCACUGGAAGUGAUCAACCUAGUUCUGCAGUUCUCAUUUGAUGCUAUGCUGGUGCACUUCUUUGGGGCCAGGUUCCUUGUUUACCUGAUUGCGGCAUCACUUCUUGGCAUGGGACUCCACCCAGUUGCUGGUCACUUCAUAUCGGAGCAUUACAUGUUCACUGAGGGCUUUGAGACCUAUUCAUACUAUGGGCCACUGAACUAUCUGACCUUCAACGUUGGCUACCACAACGAGCACCAUGACUUUCCAAGCGUUCCUGGAUCACGCCUGCCUGAAGUGCGGAGAAUAGCAGCAGAGUACUACGACAAUCUGCCACACCAUGAUUCCUGGACAAAAGUCCAAUAUGAUUUCAUCACAAACCCCAAAAUUGGCCCCUUUGCAAGGAUCAAGCGAAAGUCUAAAAAAACUGAAGUCGAGGCAGAAGAGAAGAAUGGCAAAACGGAUUAGACUGAUGAUUAUAUUGGUAGAAAUUGUGUUUUAGAUGCAUGUACUGAGAGAUUAGACCAACAGAAACAAUGAUGCUGUCAUGUGUAUAGCAAGACAUAAAAGAGAAACAAUAUCCUGGAAAAAACUUUGCCACUUGGCAUAACUUACCAAAGCUAGUUGCAUAAGUAUCACUCUUAUUACUUAUAUUGGAGGCUACUGAAGUUGUUGUUUUUUUACCUGUGAUACAAUGCUUUCUUUGGAGAUUUUUACUAUGUAACCCAAGCAAAAAAAGAGUAGCCAAAAAAGGUUUCCAGACAAGAAGUGUGGUUGUUUAUCUUAAAUUCACAGAAAGAACAAAUACAUGAUAUUGUUUGAAAAAAAAGAUAUUUGUUGAAAACAUACAGAAGUUUUUUAAAUUUAUUUACACUCUUUAACUGGUUCCAUGGUCCUGUUUGAAAACUUCAGUUUAUGCUUAUUUAAAACAAAAGAAAAAUACCUAUAUUAUUAAAAGAUUUCUGAAUUAUGUAACUUACUUUUAUUGUCAAAGUAUUGUCAUAAUAUAUGGAACAUAAUGAAGAUACAGUAUCUAUAAUUUUAUUGGUUGGCCAAAAUUGGCACUUGACUCAAAAUGUCCAAUUUUGCCAAAUUUUCGCCUUUAAAAAGACUUCAGGGCAGCGUAACAGUAUGUUUAGAAUAAUUUUGCCUAAGUCUAGUACCAUUUUUGUGGGCCAUAUUCAUUACUUAGGUUAACGAACACAACUAUUUUAGGUAUUUUGAUUAAAAUAAUUUCAUAAUGAUACAAUAUCUACAUAGAAUGCAAUUUAACAAAAGGCUUCAUUUUCUUCAAAUAUGUAAUAAAUAAUUCUCUUCUAGCUAUUACUCAGGACUCAGACAAUAUCUCAUGUUACUUACUGUAAGUUUAUUUGUUUAAUGUUUAAAAAUAAAGGUUUAGACUCGUAAUAUA